AUGGAAAUGAAGCGACUGGCUGCACACAAGAAGACCAUAAUGUGCAAGUUCUUUGAGCUGGGCCAAUGCACCCGUGGUGACCGCUGUACCUUCGCUCAUGGCUCUGAGCAAUUGCGACAGGCGCCAGACUUCUCCAAGACAAGGCUUUGUGCGGACUUCAUCGAGCACGGCAACUGCCACUUUGGCCGCAAAUGUAGCUUUGCCCAUGGGAAGCGAGAGCUUCGCCCCGGAUCGGCUGCCAAACUCGGACGCCCGGGGCAGCUUUUGGGCAGUGGCUGUAUGGGGCGUGGUGGCCGGGGCAUGGUGUCGCCGGGCCCCGUGUCGGCGGUCUACAUGAACAGCUUGCACGAAUCUGCUGCCAUGAAGUUGCUGUUUGACGCCACGGCACGCAGUUCCUUCAGCACGGGGGCCGAGUCGCUCAAAUCGGCCGAGGCCGACGACAGCUUUGGGUGCCACGGCGAUUUGUCGCCGUUACGGCGGCGGAGGUUUCGGGGGACCAAUGGAAUGGGGAGAUCACGGGAAGAUCACGGGAAUCAUAGAGUUAUCAUAUGGUAA